AAUUUUGCGCAGCUAUUUAAGGCGUUACGGUGUGUUGUCAACAGUUAUGCUAACCACAGAAGCCAGGGCGAAAUGAUAUUCAACAAAUAUAUACUCAUCACAGUGCAUGUUGAUACGCUUUCAAUAGAUUCUUGAGAGAUGACAUAUAGUUAGCUGUCUAAACACGCUGUCGCGUUGUCUUGUACUGCACCAGAUUACAGUGAGUAACCAAUCCGCCUUAAACAUGCUUACGUCUGCUAGGUAGUUCAAGCUAGUGAGCAUUAGCCACUUAGCUGUCUGGAUGGCCAACGCAAUAGAAGAGAUGUGGUCAGAUACACUAAGGAUUAUCACUUCAUGACCCUUUUAACUCUCGGUGUGGAGGAAAUGACCCAGCUUAGCGUUCGCCGCUGGACCACCAAGCACGUCGCCCGGUGGCUGAAAGAGGAGGGCUUCUGUGACUACGUGGACCUGCUGUGCAACCGGCACCGACUGGACGGCACCAGCCUGCUCAGCCUCAGCGAGUAUGACCUCCGCUCGCCACCCCUGGAGCUCAAGGUGCUCGGGGACAUCAAGCGGCUGAUGCUGUCCAUUCGCAAGCUCCAGAAGCAGAACAUGGACCUGCUGGAGGAGCUGGGCCUGCCCUUCGACGGCCACUCCCCCACGGGCCCCGGAGGCGGCCUGGACUGGCUGUGCAACGGGGACGGCGGCCGGGAGUGCGACAGCGCGGAGACGGCGCCGGUCGGCGAGGAGUACCAUCAGUACACCAACGGGAAGUACAAGCAGCAGUCUCGCCGCCUGGACCCCGAGUACUGGAAGACGGCGCUCAGCUCCGUGUACGUGGUGUUCGUGUUCGGGUUCACCUCCUUCGUCAUGGUCAUCGUUCACGAGCGUGUGCCGGACAUGCGCACCUACCCUCCACUGCCGGACAUCUUUUUAGACAGUGUUCCCAGAAUACCCUGGGCCUUUGCCAUGGCUGAGGCUUGUGGCGUGAUCCUCUGCAAUAUCUGGCUGCUGGUUCUACUGCUCCACAAGCACAGGUCUAUCCUGCUACGCCGCCUCUGCAGCCUCAUGGGCACGGUGUUCAUGCUGCGCUGCAUCACCAUGUUCGUCACCUCCCUGUCCGUCCCGGGACAGCACCUGCAGUGCUCGGGAAAGAUUUAUGGGGACAUGUGGGCCAAACUUCAUCGAGCAGUGGCCAUCUGGAGCGGCUUCGGGAUGAGCCUCACCGGAGUGCAUACAUGCGGGGACUACAUGUUCAGCGGCCACACGGUGGUGAUCACCAUGCUCAACUUUUUUGUCACAGAGUACACCCCCCGGACGUGGAACUUCAUCCACACCCUGUCGUGGGUCCUCAACCUGUUUGGCAUCUUCUUCAUCCUGGCCGCCCAUGAGCACUACUCCAUCGACGUCUUCAUCGCCUUCUACAUCACCACCAGACUCUUCCUGUACUACCACACGCUGGCCAACACGCGGGCCUACCAGCAGAGCCGCCGCGCCCGCAUCUGGUUCCCCAUGUUCUCCUUCUUCGAGAGCAACGUCAACGGCCCCGUGCCCAACGAGUACUGCUGGCCCUUCGCCAGGCCCGUCUCGCUGCGGCGCUUUUUUGGCUGAGGGCGUCCAGACUCAAAGCGUGCCAGUGGUAUAUAUUUUUUAUUUUAUUUUUUUGUCCUCCAUCUAACUGUUGCCAACUGUUUGAGAGCCUUCCCCCAUGGCUCAGGUCACCCUGACGAUGCCUGGGACCGGCAGGGUGCAAACGUCAUGAUGAAACGUCAUGUUCUGGACUUCUGUCAGUAUUUCCAGGAGUGGAUCAUGUAGGAUCCAAUGAACCGCCCAGAGCUUGUUAAAACACGAUACAAUUCACUUUUCAUUCACAUUUAACACGCGUCAGUACAAAAAGGGCACGUCACUUCAAUCGUAUUUUAAUUAAGUGGCUUGCACAGUAUUUUUUUUAUGUUGUUAAAUUAGAACUAUUUCAAGAAUAGAAAUAAAUGUAUUUAUAGACAAACAUAAUUCUCAAUCAACAUGCAAUUUAUUGUGAAAUUAACAUCACUUUUUAUGUCAAGUUCUAUGAUAAGGAUUAAGUGAACAUUUGCUGGUAAACUUUGUAUAUUUCAUUUACCUUGAGCUCUAUAGACAUUAGUAAAAGCAAUCAGGGCUAUCGGGACACGGUUGAAUCUUGCACUACAGCCCUUACUCACGAUGUAUAACGGGUGGCAGUGCUUCAAACAACUAAUUGAUCUACAUUCCGAAUUCCCAUGUUCUCAACAGCUUUAGUAGUCACUAACUUCCACCGCCACUAAUGUAAUUCUUGUUGUGAAAUUAAGCAGAUCUUGAAAAUGUUUGUUAGUGUGGCUUUAAUGUUAGUUUUUCAAAUGCCCCUGCCUUUCUCUUGAUUAUGUAAACUAAAGAAUAAUGUGAAUAGAGCCAAAAUGGAUGUUGUGUAAGAGGUUCUAAAAAUCCUUUUAAUUUGCCAAUCACCAUUGAUGUUGCAAAAGGCUUGUCUGUAGAAGAAAUAGCUGAUGUCUUUAAUGUUAAAUGGCUUUCAAGGUAAAUGGCCAUGUGUCAGUGGAUAGAUAGCUGUAUGUAUCCUUUUUGUAUUAAUAUGUAAUAUACAUGACUAGAAAAGUACAAUUUAUGCCUAAAUUAAUACCAAGGGAGUGGUGUCUUUUGAGUAGCAUUUGCUUACAUUUGUACGUAUGUGUUCAUUUUGUAUUAAUUUAUUUUGUAAAUGUCAAGUAUUUUUUAUAUUUUAUAUAUAAGGUUAUUGCAACAUUGCACAUUCAGAGGCUAUGUUUACAGUUGCUCAUAACUAUGUAUUUGUUUAUAAAGACUGCAUUUUUUUGUAUUGCCACUAUACAAUAAAGUUGUAAUGUCAUUUGUAUUCAUCUUUAAAUUGAAUAAAAAUACACAAAUCCUCUGCCAGACACAAGUUAAA